CUUGACUCACGAGUCCCUAACUCGGUGCACCGUCGCUCGGCCGAUAUAUCCGUUAGAACUUUCAAAUUAGAGAGCAUACGAACGCACGCGGUCGAGGGUGGUUUUUCGAAGGGCUCGCCGUGUCUUCUAGGCCGGAGCGCGCGCAGUGAUCCUGGUCUGGUGUCAUUCCUUUAUCUCACGUCAUCACGGAGUCGAAGGACGCGAUGCCACACGACAUUUACUAUUCCGACAAAUAUUACGACGAUAAAUACGAGUAUAGGCAUGUCGUUUUACCAAAAGAAAUGGUGAAACUGGUGCCACGAACUCAUCUGCUUUCUGAACAAGAAUGGAGAGCUAUUGGAGUCCAGCAAAGUCAAGGAUGGGUGCAUUAUAUGAUUCAUGAUCCUGAACCACAUAUUCUGCUGUUUAAAAGAAAAAUAACAACGCCUGUGGAAAUGAGAGGGGAGAAGAACUGAAUACGGCGAAGUCAUGUCGUCUUGUAAAUAACAAUUCAGAUCAUGUUCAUAUUCGUAGUGGAACACAAUUGCGAUCGUAAAUCACUAGCUACUUCUCUCUUUCUUGAUCUUGUAAACAGGAUGCGUGUUGUGUACUAAUGCGCUGUCUAAUGUCGAAUUUAUUUUUUAAAAAUCCAAUUGAAAAAAUCACGCGAACUAAUCGUAUAAAAAUUUUUGGUUAAAUUCCACAGAAUAGUCCAUGGUCUUUUUAUUUUUAAAUUACUUCGCAUGCCAUUCGUAAAAAGAUGUCAAGCAAGUAUGCUGUAUAUAUGUCUAUAAAGUAUCUUAGAUAU